AUGGCCGCGCCGCGAGAGAAACUGGUUGUUGCACACUUCAUGGUCGGAAAUACCUACCCGUACACGAUACAAGACUGGGUGGAGGAUAUCACGCUCGCAAGUGAGAACGGGAUCGAUGGUUUCGCGCUCAACAUCGGCAAGGAAGAAUGGCAAAUAUCGCGUGUCGCUGAUUGUUAUGAAGCGGCGCGUCGAGCGAGAACUUCACAGCCAUUCAGGGUGUUCCUGAGUUUGGACAUGACCUCUAUCCCUGGGGCAAGUGUCGACGAUGCCCUCCUCAUCCGAGACCAUGUGUCGCGAUUCGCUGGACAUCCACAUCAGCUCCGGUUUAUUGGAAAGGUCCUCUUAUCGACCUUCUCCGGGGGGAAGAGUCGUUUCGGACAGAAAGACUUGAACAGUGCCUGGAACUUCGUCAAGGGAGUCGUAGAGGCUGCAAUUCACUUCGUACCCGCAUUUUUCAUCGACCCUGCACGGUAUCCUGCCGUGUCUUCGAUGGACGGGUUCUUCAACUGGAACGGAGGCUGGUCUACACGUUUGACUCCCCAGUCGCCCCGCCACGAAAUUCGCAUGCCUAGACUAGACGGUGAUCUCGUCCACCUCAAACACCUGGGCGGGCGGACGUUCAUGGCUGCGGUCACGCCGUGGUUCUUCACGCACUACGGGCCUGACUCCUGGAAUAAGAACUGGAUAUAUCGUGGCGACGACUGGCUCUUCGUCCGCAGGUGGGAACAGCUAAUCGCCAUGCGGGACCAGAUAGACAUCGUGCAGAUCAUAUCCUACAACGACUACGGCGAAUCACAUUACGUAGGGCCCAUCAAAGGUGCCCAGCCCAACUCUCAGGCGUGGGUCGACGGCUUCCCGCACGAGCCAUGGCUACACCUCGCUAGGUACUACGCUCGUGCGUUCAAGGAAGGCGUAUACCCUGCCAUAGAGGCGGAUACGAUAUACAUGUGGGCGCGACCGCAUCUUAAGAGCGCUGUUACCGACGACCCUGUGCCUCGGCCGCGGGAUUGGGAGCUAACGGAUGACAUGAUCUGGGUCGUCGUGUUCGCCAUGGCUCCAGCGGUCGUCACAACCUCGUCGUCGGACGAUGGGCAUGACGCCCAAAUCGUUGAGGUACCCUCGGGAGUCUCGAAGCUGUCACAUCAGGUGGAUCCGAAGGGGAGCAUGAGGGUAAGAAUGGAAAGAGACGGCGUCCUCGUUGCGCAAUGCACUCCUGAGCGGCACGGGUUCCGGUUCCAGGAGCGGCCGGGGGUUUACAACUUCAAUGUGUACUGUGCGAUGUCUGGUCCAUAA